GAGAGUCAUAGGCCAUCAACCCCUAUUUUACACGAGUCUCUCAUACUACGCUUCCCAUACUGUCUCAGGGUCUGUGACACAGAGACACACACUGGGUGCAUUUUCAGUUGAACCCACUUCAAGUUUGCAGCUUUAGCCGUUUUUCCACUGUGUUCUGUAAGAAGCAGAACAUGGCACAGAUUUUGGCACCCUCUACUCAAUGGCAGAUGAGAAUCACAAAAACCUCUCCCAAUGCAAGUCCCAUUACAUCGAACAUGUGGAGUUCUUUAUUGUUGAAACAAAAUAGGAAAGUUGCUCCUAGCAGUUCUGCUAAAUUUAGAGUUCUGGCAAUCAAGUCUGAAAAUGGCACCAUCAACAGGCUAGAGAGUCUACUUAAUUUGGAUGUCACUCCAUAUACUGACAAGAUAAUUGCUGAGUACAUUUGGAUUGGAGGGACAGGAAUUGAUGUUCGCAGUAAAUCAAGAACAAUAGCAAGGCCAGUUGAGCAUCCCUCUGAGCUCCCUAAAUGGAACUACGACGGAUCUAGCACUGGACAGGCACCGGGUGAAGAUAGUGAAGUAAUUCUAUAUCCUCAAGCAAUUUUCAAAGAUCCUUUCCGCGGUGGCAACAAUAUUUUGGUCAUUUGCGAUAAUUACACACCAGCAGGUGAGCCUAUCCCUACAAACAAGCGGCACAGAGCUGCUGAAAUCUUCAGUAACCCAAAGGUCCAGGCUGAAAUUCCAUGGUAUGGAAUAGAACAAGAGUACACCUUACUUCAAACAAAUGUGAAAUGGCCUUUGGGUUGGCCGGUUGGAGGUUAUCCUGGUCCGCAGGGCCCUUAUUACUGUAGUGCCGGGGCAGAUAAGUCAUUCGGACGUGAUAUAUCUGAUGCUCAUUACAAGGCUUGCUUAUAUGCCGGAAUAAACAUCAGCGGUACCAAUGGGGAAGUUAUGCCUGGGCAGUGGGAGUAUCAAGUUGGUCCUAGUGUAGGUAUUGAAGCUGGUGAUCAUAUCUGGGCUUCAAGGUACCUCCUUGAGAGAAUUACUGAACAAGCUGGUGUUGUUCUUUCCCUUGAUCCAAAACCAAUUGAGGGUGACUGGAAUGGUGCAGGAUGCCACACCAAUUACAGUACGAAGAGCAUGAGGGAAGAAGGAGGCUUUGAGGUGAUAAAGAAGGCAAUUUUGAAUCUAUCUCUUCGCCACCAGGUUCACAUUAGUGCAUAUGGAGAAGGAAAUGAGAGAAGGUUGACAGGAAAGCACGAGACAGCAAGCAUUAACACAUUUUCUUGGGGAGUGGCUAACCGUGGUUGCUCAAUCCGUGUGGGAAGAGACACAGAGAAGAAUGGCAAAGGUUACUUGGAAGAUAGGCGUCCGGCUUCAAACAUGGAUCCAUAUGUGGUGACAGCAUUACUGGCAGAGACUACACUAUUGUGGGAACCAACUCUAGAGGCUGAAGCUCUUGCAGCUCAGAAGAUAGCAUUAAAGGUCUAAAUCUAUUGAUUGAUGUCAUUCCGGAUGGAGUCAUUAGUUUGUGUGGAGCUGGAAAGCUCUUUCACUUUCCUUUUAGAUUAUUUGUAUUCUAAAGAUCUUGUUUGGAUGAAAGAGGUUGGCAUGCCCAUUUAUUGGUUGUCAGAUGAAAUGCACAUUGUAUAUCAGAAAUUUCGUUGGUUAUAUUUGCAUCUGGACAAAUUACAUUGA